GACAAAGGGCUGCAGCCCAAGCAGAGUAUGCUAGAGAGCCUCUUGGAAAUUAAGAAGCAGAGAUCAAUGCUGGAUGCAGAUGUGCACAAACUAGAAAAGAAAGUGAAAGCCCAUGAUGAGCCACCAGAAGAAGUCUGUACCUGCUCUCAAUUAGGGCGUUUAUUAUCUCAACACCUGGGAACUCCUUUAACCAAUCCUCUCAGCUUUAUGGGUAUUGAUGGAGACCUGAAUACCUUGAUGGAGAAUGGCACUCUUUCUAGGGAAGGAGGCCUUCGAGUUCAGAUGGAUCAAGUAAAAAGCCAGUGUGCAGACCUCCACCCUGACUAUUAUGGGACCAUGGGCAACCUUAGGGCCAUAAACAUUUCUGGGGAUGUCGGCUUCUCUGGAGACACAGGCAUUUCUGGGGUCUCAGGCAUCUCUGGCAACACGGGCACCUCUGAGGCUAAGGGCUUCUAUGAAGACAUCAGCAUCUCUGGGGCCAUCAGCUUCUCUGGGACCACAGGCCUCUCUGAAGACACAGGACUCUCUAAGGCCAUCAUCAAGGAGGCAGGUUUCUCUAAGCAACAGUGAGCUAUUCAUCUGCUUCCAUAUUAGGUGCACCUGCAACACCCACAAUGAUCCUUGUCUCAAAAAAGGCUGUGCUGCUUUUCUAAUUGGAUUAAAUGGGCAAGGCCAGGGCACCCCUCCUCCCACUUAAGAGUCUGGAAGGGGAUUUAGGGCCUUUACUAGUUAAGCAACCAGUAUAUGCAUGUCAAGCAGCCCAGAAUAUAGGCAAGAGAAAGAAUAUGUUAUUAUUCUA